GGGCGCAACUAGGUCACAUGGUUGCUGUCGAGCGGAUGAGGGCUACGGAAGGAAGAGGAAGACAGCUCGAAAACUUUUCCCUGCACUUUCUCACUUCAAUGGCUACCGUUCGAGAAAAAUAGAUACUAUUGGGAGAUUCAAGUGGUUGCCAAUCCGGUUAGGAGCCUUGUCAGAUAAGAGCUGGAUGAAAUGAAAGCCAUAGCCAGAGGACGUGGUGCAGGUAUUACCAGGCAUGGGGAUGCUCCCAGAAGGGGUAGAAAGCCAAAGAGGAAGCUGGAAGCAGGCACUCACCAGACCACUCUAGUGGUAGGAGGGGUGGGCGGUCACACCCUCCUUUGCCAAAAACCUGAUGGCACGGUUCCUCAGGAAGCAGCCGUCUUUGCUAGUAAUGCCCUCCAGCUCAACAAACAGUAUGGGGCAAGCCCUGAAAAGACCCCAGGAUUGGCUCCAGGGGGGUUGUUGCCGGGAUAUGCAUCUAAAUCCCUCUCCGCCACAGCUGCACCUAAAGGGGAGGGUAGUGUGGGAAGCCAGGAGCGUAGUCAUUUUGGCGAUCCCUCUUCGGGAAAGAGCCGCUUCGCCUGGAAGUCCAUGGUGAAAUCGGCCCCUGCUCCUAAUGUACCACAGAUGUUGAAUAAAGACAAAUCAUUAGCAGCAGCAGCAGCAGCAGCAGUAAGAGAUGAAGAGACGCCAUUGCACAUCAAGCUACCUCUGAGUAAGAAGCCAUCUACAGUGCCCAGAACAGUCUCAAGGAAAAAGAAAAGAAAAAUGGGAACUUACAACUUUGUCAACAAGAAGAAAACUAAGGUGGUGAGGAGAGCACCCCAACCCUUGUUCACAUCUCAGGAAAGCUUGAAUAUGAAUGGCGCCCCAGACAGAGGUGUGGAAGAAGCAGAAGCAGAAACAGCUGCUCAAGACCGAGGAGACCCGGCCCGUGCAGCCACCCCUCUAGGGAGAGGAACGGAAGUGUUUGCAGACGAGUCGCGCCCAAAAGACACUCAGCAGGAGGUGACCAGAGGGAUUGAAAUGUACACGGAGUUCCCUCUGCACUCGCUAGACCUGAAGGGGCAGGAGGACAUCUUCACCUCAAUGCAGUCAGGUUUGUCAGAUGGCCCGGACGCCAUGGAGACAGAUGCCAUGCUGGAGCUCCCGCUGUGCUGCUGCCGCAUGGAGGCCCCUAAGAGCCAGGAGAUCCUCACACUGUCCGAGGGCAAGUGCAUGGCAGUAGAGAGUGUGGAUGGACAGCUCAGUCUCUGCAGAAAAAACAUCCAGAAGCAGGAGAUGAUGCGGCCCUCCAUCCGGAUCCCGCUGCUGGUGUUGUGUGAGGACCACCGAGCUGGCAUGGUCAAGCACCAGAGCUGCCCCCGCUGCGGCUUCUACUGCCGGGCGGGGACCUUCAUGGAAUGCCAGCCUGAUGGCAACAUCUCUCACCGGUUCCACCGCGACUGUGCCUCAGUCAUACUGGGGCAGAUCUACUGCCCACACUGUGGGGAGGACGCCAGCCAGGCGCAGGAAGUCACCGUCGCCAAGCCAGACGCGAUGUUUAUUAUGCCAACAGCGACCACGCUCCAAAACAAGACGGAUCUUUCGCUGAAGGGUAGGUCUAAGAUCGGGCCGUACGCAGCGUCCCCCAGUAAAUCCAAAACCGGAGCGGUGGCCGCGGAGGCAGAGGCGGGGACCACCAAAGAGACGCUGGAGGGCAUCCUGGAAGCACUGGAUGAGCAAACAACUUCAAGAUAUAAGAAGGCACAAUAUCCUCCAGCACAGCUUUUAACCUCUGCUACGCAAGGAGACCUGCAGUCAGUCAUGCAGAUGCUGGUUGAAGGGGCAGACCCCAAUCGAACAUUGGACAGCACCAAGAGGCAGACACCCCUGCAUGUUGCGGCAGGGGGAGGCCAUAUUGAGAUCUGCCACAUGUUUGUUCAGGCUGGUGCCAAUCUCGACAUGUGUGACGAAGGUCAGAGAACCCCACUGAUGUAUGCGUGCGAGAACAAUCACCUGGAAACGGUUAAAUACCUGCUCAAAGCAGGAGCAGCCAGUAACCAGAAGGACUUAAGAGGCUCCACAUGCCUGCAUUUGGCUGCUAAAAUGGGGCAUUACAGCAUCAUGCAGCACCUGCUGACGGUGGCAUCACUAGAUGUGAACUGCCAGGACGAUGGCGGAUGGACCCCGAUCACAUGGGCGAUCGAAUACAAGCACAAGGACCACGUGCACUUACUGCUGUCCAAAGGCGCCGAUGUUCACGUGAGGGACACGGAGGAGAACAUUUGCUUGCACUGGGCGGCCUUCUCGGGAUCGGACGACAUCGCGCAGCUUCUGCUGGAGACGGGCUCCGACCUUCACGCCGCCAACAUCUACGGAGACUCGCCGCUGCACAUCGCUGUCCGUGAGAAGCAACUCGACUGUGUGAUGCUCUUCCUCUCCCGGGGGGCGGACGUCAACCUGCGAAAUCGAGACGGGGACACCCCUCUGGACUGCUGCCUGCCCAACUCUAAGCUCUGGACCAUUCUCAACACCAACAAGAAGCUGACGGACGCCAGGAAAUGCAGGGACAACCAGGGGGAGAGAAUCCUAACCAAGGACAUCUCUCGAGGAUAUGAGGCGGUACCCAUUUCCUGUGUGAAUGGGGUGGAUCACGAGCCGUUCCCCAGUAACUUCAAAUAUGUCCCUGAGAACUGCUGCACUUCCCAAAUGAAUAUUGAUGAAAACAUCACGCACUUACAGCACUGCAAAUGUAAAGAGGACUGCUCCUCCAAUAAUUGUAUUUGUGGCCAACUAAGUGUACGUUGCUGGUAUGACAAGGAGAGCCGUUUGCUUCCGGAGUUUUCUCGGGAAGACCCGCCCUUCCUGUUUGAGUGCAACCAUGCCUGCUCAUGCUGGAGGUCAUGCCGGAAUCGCGUGGUACAGAACGGACUUCGGACCAGACUUCAGGUCUUUCGGACUGAACAGAUGGGUUGGGGAGUGAAAGCAUUGCAGGACAUUCCUGAGGGAUCAUUUGUCUGCGAGUAUGUGGGAGAAAUAAUCACUGAUAAAGAGGCCAACACCAGAGGAAAUGACUCCUUUCUGUUUAAUUUGGACAACAAGGUUGGUGAUGCCUACUGCAUUGAUGCCCAGUUCUAUGGCAAUGUGGCCCGAUUUCUGAACCACCUGUGCGAGCCCAAUCUGUUUCCAGUCCGCGUGUUCACCAAACACCAAGACCUGCGUUUCCCUCGGGUGGCUCUCUUCGCCUGCAGGCACAUCCGAGUGGGAGAGGAACUCGGCUUUGACUACGGGGAGCACUUCUGGAAGGUCAAAAGCAAGUACCUGAGCUGUCAGUGCCGCUCGCCCAAGUGCAGUUACGCCGCGCUGGCCCUGAGCCAGGGCCAGGUGAGCCUCCCCCGGAAGACACCUGGUCCUCCACCCUCUGAUCUGCUCUCUCACGCACAGACUGCCAGCCCUGCCAACCUCCCGGCCAUCAAACCUUAAGCCCACACCGCACUCCCCGGUGCUUUUAAAAUGUUUUAAUGUGGAAUCUUACACCAAUGAUCGAAUGUGAGAAUGUUUUCCGUUUACCACUACUGAAUGAAUUGAACACACUGUGGUAGAGCCCAUUUUUAACAACUGCCUUUUUAGAAAAAUCACAUUGUUGAUUUCUUGAAUGAUCUGACACAAGACUAUGUAAUCAAAUGUGGUACCAGUGAUCGUGUGUGGUAUUGAACUGCACUCUCGUACUUGCAUGAAAUUGUAGAUUUUAAGUCGAAAUUAAAGUCAUAGGAAAAUAAAGUUGAUGAAAAGACAAUUAUUUUACUAUAUUUUCUUACCAAAUGUGUCUUAGUAUGACGGGAGAUAUGUCAGAGGGCCACUGUGUGGGAGUGGCCACUUUGCUAAGGAAAAUAAGCUGAUGUCUCAGUACUCCAGGGUAAAAUAAUGAAGUCAGUUACUCAUUGCUGAUGAUCAUUGUGGGUUUUACUAGUAUUAUCAAAAAAAAUAAAGACAUUUCGAAGUUUUUACUUGUUUCAGAU